CAGUCGAUCGAGCGGUCGCCCUCGUCGUACACGUGCGCGAUUUCAGUGUAAUGGAAGUUGUUCGGAACUGAGUGACCGAUAGACGGAUUUUCUGAUAAAUUUUCCGUUUGUCAUCAGCAGUUGUUUGGUCCAUCAUACCCUAUGAAACGACACGCAUCAUGUCAGACCAGGCAAAGCUGAAAGAAUCCGUCAAGAAGUCCAUUAGGGGGCUGGUUGGGUCCGCCCCUUUGGGCCUGACACCCGAGGAAGUUGCCUUGGACUAUGAAAGUUUCGAGGGCCGGCCGUUGCCCUUCCGUCAGCUGGGAUACAACACUUGCCAAGACUUCUUACAAGACAUCCCCGACACUGUCAGACCCUGUUGGGAAAGAGGGCAACUUAUCGUGCGAGUCGUGGAAGGAGAAUCGACCCGACAUAUCCAUAGCUUGGUGUCCAGGCAGAAAGUUGAUGUUUUGAAAUGCCUGAAAAAAAGGCGUGGGGCAGCACGUGCUGGCGCACGGACAUUGUUGACAGACGCGAACGCGCCGGGGCGACCGGCGGGGGGCAUCGCACUCAAUACCCGGCCCAACACCAGAGGCCCGCCCGCUCUGUCCCCCUCUGUUUCGGCGUACUUGCGCAACCAGAUCAAAUCUCUCUUGAUCGCACACCCCAACGGAGUCUUGAACGUACACUUUGACAGACUGUUUGCGGAGAAAUAUGGCCACACGAUCUCCUUCAAGAAACUCGGGUUUGAGUCCCUGGCACACAUGUGUCAAUCCAUGCCAGACUUUGUGACCCUAGAAAGACUGAGAGGAGAUGAGUUCCGAAUCUAUGAGAAGUCUAAUCACCCAGCAGUCAAUGAACCAACUUCUGAUACAGUUUCAUCAUCCACUCAGCGCACUCGAGCUAACAAAACAGAACAUGUUCAGAGAGAUAAUGUAGACUCAUCACUUCCCGAUAGCAGAAAGGCACCUCUUGCUAGUUGUAGUUUUGAGGACGAUGAAAAUUUCAAACAAAAAUCAGCUUCUAACGUCCCACGGCCAAGUAACGCCACCUCCCACAGCAGCACCAUGUCAAAAAAUGCGGGUUAUGCAAACUCUACCGAGCAGCCAGGGAGACUAACUGAGCCACAAUCUGCCCAACGUACAAGGCCACAAGUCACGAAAAGCUCAAAUGCAUCACAAGACGUCUCAAAGGAUGUAAAUGCCUCAUCGGAAGAUGGCAGUUUGACAUCCGAAUUGUUUGAUACAAAGUUUCUGCAACAAAUUCGACAGAUUUUGGAACGGCACCCAGAAGGCCUGUGGGCAGCUUACUUGCCAGAUGAGUAUAAGAAAAAAUAUAAGAAAGCGCUUCCUAUGAUGUCGCUGGGUUACUUCAGUGUCACAGAGCUGAUGGCAGCCAUGCCAGAAGUGGUUGCCGUAGAGAGAGAACAGAAACAAGGUGACUGGAAACUCUACGAUGUCAGGACGUACAAACCUAAGACAGUCGAAUCUGCAAAAUCCAAGGCUAGCUCAUCCGACCAGAACGUCAAGGCAAACAAGAAACUGAACCCUAAUCCCACCCAAGGCUUCCAAGAUCUUAAGGACAAAGUCCGUCAGUUGCUGGAGAAAAAUCCGGAGGGCAUCUUGUUGAAGAACUUGGCUUUCUAUUACCAGAGGAUGUUUGGUUUAUCCUUCCCCGUUGACGAACUUGGCUUCCGAGAUGUAGAAUCUCUCAUCAUGAUGAUGCCAGACACUGCCACAUUAGUCUACAAGGGAUACGGUCGCCUUCUAGUGAUGCUAGUUGAAGAGAUGCCGGUGGAUAGUCUGAAUAUUGGUGAUGAAAAACUAUCAAGACUGUCGAUACCUGCUGAUUCUGUGGGUUGGGGGUUCAGUUACUCUUACUGUGAAUAUCCACCGAUCCAAGACUACAUCGAGGUCUACGUGGCCACCGUCUUCACUCCACACAGGCUUUCUAUCCAACUCAAAGACAAGUUGAGAAAUGAUGCACUGGACGAUCUCAUGGAUGAAUUGGAAUCUAUCUACUCAUACCCAGAGGGAAACAAGUACGAGUUUCCAGAGUGCAUGAUUGCCGUGGGUCAGGUCUGCUGUGCGCUCUACCUCAGUGACAAUAAUUGGCACCGUGCCGUCAUCACCGGUAUCCCCAAAGUAGAUUUCCUGGAGGUAUUGUAUGUAGAUUACGGAACUGUGGCCACUGUGUCAAGAUCGUCGCUGAGAUUACUCAAAUCCUGCUUUCUGAAACUGCCCAUCCAGGCAUACAAUGCGAGACUGGCAUUCAUUGCACCGUCAGAGGACAAGUGGACAAUGAAAGCUCGAGAUCGACUCCUCGCUAUGACAGCAGGGAAGCCACUGAUAGCCUUGAUCACAGAAAUUCAGAAUGAUGAGUUAUACCUGUUGCUAAGCGACACGACGACGGAGGAAGAUAUCCACAUUAACGACGCCCUGGUGGAAGAAGGUUUAGCAGUGUUUGCUAGAACACAAGACGACCUGGAUCAACUCCUCCCGCCUCCGUUGGAGGGUGAUGUACCGCAACCGGACUUAGCCAUGUUGACCCUGGAAGAUGUCACAGAAUUUGAUGAGAAUGCCAGUGAUGACCAAAGAGAAUUGCUGGACAUGACCCAGGAACAGGAGGAGAGCCCACUUGCCCCGGAAGAUGGUGCAGAGGUGGAUGUACCGCUUCCAGACGGAGGUUCGAAUCCCCCCUCAGAGGACAAGAGUAGAGACUUGCCUCCUCUUGAAGCAAUAGCAGAUGAAGCGCCGUGGAUUGUCAAGCGCAUUGAUUUCCAUGAUGGGUACCAGGUACAUCUGAUCAACCACGACAGUGAUGCUUGCUUGACCGUCGUGGAGGUCGCUGACCUCAUGUGUGGAGAAGAUGAGUCUGAACCUGAGGAUAUCCUGUAUCAACAGGUGGAUAAUUUGGGCGUUGAAAUUCCUUUGCUGACGGCAGUGGAGAAGGAAAGCCCGAGACUUUUUGAAGAGUUGCGAAGCUUUGACUUGCUGGAUGAUUCUGAAGACUUUAUACUUAUGAUGCCAUUCACAAGCGCCAUGUUGUUGCUGAGUUCUUGUAGUUCAGUCCGUAUGGACACUGUGCAGCAACUUCAGGAGAUUGCUGAGAACUUUGGAGUUUUUGGAGACCUGGUUGGCAGUGACAUUGACGAAUCUGCCAAGGAUGAGCUUGACUUGUCUUUAGACGUAGAGGAGCUAAACAUGACUUUGUCAGCAUUGCAGUUCAGAAGAAAGCGCAUUUUGGGAGACAUGAUGGUGAGCCAUGAUUCAAACGGUGUGGACCAUCUGUCAUACAUAGAGAGGAAGAUUGAAGAAAUCUCCCAAAAACUAGAAGCCACCAAAUCUCACAUGCAGCAACAGGAAGUGGCAGACAAAAUGGUUUCUUUGACCAACUCGGCACUCCCUCACAGGGAACCAGAACAGUCUAACUCACCAGUCACCCCAAACCGUCCACUGAGUGUUGUGUCCUACUCUGAUGGGAGUACUGAAUCUCAGGGACGGUUGGUCCAGCCUGUCCAACCACUGCCACGAGAGGAAGAGAAAAGCAGUCUUGCAUCCCAACCACCACCAGUGAAUGUCCAGCAGUCAGAUCAAAGGGACACACUUUGUCUUACACAAGCUGCUGUUGGUCAGUCUCAAAGCCUGCACCAGCCACUGUUCAAUCAGAUGGCUCCUUCCACACAGCCCGGUUAUCAGUUUGCAGCCUGUCAGAAUACUCCCAAUCCAGGGUUCCCCAACCCACAAGCCACCCGUCUCCUCGCACCUUCUCCAUCUGAACCCUUCUUUGCACCCCACCAACUCACACACUCCCAGUACCCACUCAUGGGCGGGGCCAACCAAGGGUACCAGCAGCACCUAAGAUCGGGUGACUUUGUCCCCCUACCCCAGCCAGUGAACCCUAACCCUUGGCUUGGUCCCCCACCUCAGACCCAUGUCAUGAGUCAGUACCCUCUGCCACAGCAGAUUGCGAUCGCCCAAUUUGUUCCCAUACCAGUGAGUGACCCACCAAGACCCUUCAUUGUUAACCCCCAGAGGUAUGGCCCCGGCCCUCCUGGGCCUGGCAUGCCAAGACAGAUGCAGGAAGGUCAAGGGUCAUGGAGAUAAUUAAAGUGACAAACUGCAGUCUAUUAGUAGCAAUCUCAAUCACAGUUUAUAUUGAUUUCGGCCAGUAUUUGACACAUGUUGAAACGUUGCUUAAAUUUAUUGUGAACCAAGCCAGCAAAACGGUGCUACUAAUGUUUUACUUACUUUGUGAAGAUUGUUUCAAACUUGUGUGAACGGUGCACGUACCAGGCAUUAUUUUAUUUAAAUUGAGUAAUAUUUUUGAAAGGUGACACUAAGAAAGUGAAUCUGUACAUAUUCAUUUUUAAAGUUUGAUAUUUUAGAGAAGUAUGAGCAGGAAUGACCAUGAAAGUUCAAGGUACUUUAUACAGAAUACUUUGAAAAGAAGAAUUGAUGGAACAUGCAGGAUAUGGGCUUAAGGAAGUUUUCUUUCCAAGACAUUUGGUGAAGCACUAUCAUCUCCAAACUUAACAGCGAGAUUUGUUUCAAUGGGAUGUAUGUAAUUUGUAAAUAGUUUUUGCCAGUAAUAGUUUGCUAUAAAAAAGGAACAUCUGCCAAAGUUAAAGUGUACAAAAGUUGCAUAUUUUUAAGUCAAAAUUAUUUACUUGCUUCUACAGGGCGGAUUAUUUUUGUACAAAAUUUAACAAAAAAUGAUCUUCCUUUGAUUUGAUUUCACUAAAAUUGUUGACAGUCUCCGUUUGAUAGAGAAGAGGAAGUUAAAUCAAUCUCUUGUUCUUAAGUGUUUCAGUUGUGAUGAGGAAUCUUCCAUUUGUGAAAUGUACAUGGGCAAAAAUGCUUCGUUAAAUAAACACCCUUUUGAGCUUGGAAUGGGGACUCAUUCAAAUGUUUCAAAUGAAAUUUUACAAUUCUUGUCUUCUGUUUAUUUGCAACUGUCAUCUUUCUAUGGUUUAUUUUUUCAAAUGCAAGAAUACUUAACAUGUUCAAUAUGUUUAUCAUUUUGUUCUAUAGUAUUAGGAAGUUUCUAAAAAAAAUUGAUAGCAUCAAGUCAGCCUUGUGUUUGUAGUAGUAGAUUUGCAGAAUAAUUUUUGGUGGGAUAUCAGAUUUUGGGAUUUUGAGAGGUGAAGAA